UCAAAUUCGAAUACCUUUCGUUCGGACUGUUUUGUUUUCGAACAUCUUUCAUUCGAAUCAAACCAAACGUCAAACCCACUUUGUUUAUGAAGGAGUGAAUAAUUUCCGCAGCGGAUGAGCGGUGAACUGCAAAAAUGGAAAAAAACAAAAACAAAACAACCACUAAAAAUCAGUUCGAGCGGAUUGUGCUGCUUCUGGAGCAAGAGCCGGACAUAGCAAAGGGUUUCUCCCGAGGAAAUUCCGGACCCUUCUGGGAUGAUCUGGCGGCAGAAGUCAAUAGUUUGGGACCGCCUAUUCGCGAUGGAAGUGGAUGGAAAAAGGUUUGGGCGGACUAUAAGUCCGGAUUAAAGCGAAAACUCGCUCACAACAAACGGGAGCAGAGGGCGACAGGUGGAGGACCCAAUAAAAUUAUCAAUUUGUCCGAGCUGGAGGAGCAGGCAGUUCUACUAACUGGGUUACUUGCGACCGUGGAAGGAAUCCCGGGUACCUUAUCUCAUGGAACACAGUUGGGUUCGCCUUCGGGUGAACCUCAAGCUGCAGACCAGGAAAAUUUUAUAUAUUAUGGUACUUCCGACGAGUGUGACGGUAUCAAUAAUACCAUUCACUUCCAGCCCUCUCAGCCGAAAAAAUCCAGACCUUCUACCACGAGGCUAUUAGAGCUGCAAGUCGAGUAACAAAACAAAUUUCACACCAAUGUGAAAUCCCUGUUAAAAAACACAAACAAGAAUUUGAGUGAUCUGGUUCAUUAUCAGCGCCAAUCAGCUCGAGCGAUUCUUUCCGUGGAUGCCACACUCAAAGAACAUCUGAGUGAACAAAAACGACAUAACCACGAGAUGGAGAAGAUCGCGCUGGAGAAAUCAAUAGUCAAGCGACAAAUCCUUGAAACGCAGAUUGCGUAUAUUUCAGAACAUUAGAAUAAUGUUUCAAAAUAUCAGUGAUCUGAUUUUUUAUCUUUAUAUUGUAACUCAAGUAUAAAAAAAUGAAAAAAGUUCUAAUCGUAUUUUUAUAUCUUUCCAUGGAAGAAAAAUCUUACUUAAUUUUUUCUUUGAAGUUUGUUUGGAAUAGCAUCAAAAUUAUAUAAACUUUUUUAAAAUUCACGAAUUUCGCCUAUAGUUUAUGGAACUUCCUUAACCCCUUCACGUACAACAUUGAACUUCACUCGUUGUUUCUCGAUGUGAAAUAAUUACAUAGCUUCAGGCAUAUGAUGAGGAUACCGACAA